UAUUUAUUUCGUCCUACAGCUUGUGUGCCUGUUUGCCCUCGUCGCUGUUGUGGCUUCGAUGCCCAAUGGACCCUUUGCACCACUACCACCAAUGCAGGCGCCGAUGAGACAGAUCGUGAAGCGUGAAGCCGUCGCACCGGAAGCAGUGGCGGAAGAUGCACCCGUGCAGGAAAGUGCAGUGGAGGCUCAGGACGACAUGGACAAGGCGGAAACGUUUGGCUUCGGAUACCACAAGGUCAUCCACGUGGGUGUGCCAUACUACCCGCCCUACUACCAUUAUCCGCGCUACUACCACGGCUAUCACGGUUACCAUGGAUACGGACACUACUGGUAAAGGUAGUGUACGAUUGAUCAGCGAAAUCGAAGAUCGAGUUGUACAUAAAACAAGAAAUACAAUUAUA